AUGUAUAAACUAAAUACUUCCAGUAAAUUUAGUGAAGCUAAAAUCAAUGAUGAACUCAAAGCUAUUGAUAACAAGUUUAAAGCUAAAGAUAAUAAAUCUAAAGCUGAAUUUAACAAUGAAGCUAAUUCUGAUAUAAA